AUGCAUUCCAUUAUUGCAGAAUUGUUUGAUCGUUUCAAGAAUGAAAAGAGUGAAUUCGAGACGAGCCUUGGAGAUGAUACAAAAGGAUUGUUACAGUUAUACGAAGCUUCUUUCCUGUUAAUGCGAGGCGAGGAUACCUUGGAGCUAGCAAGAGAAUUUUCCACCAAAUGUCUCAAGGAAAAAAUUGAAAAUGAGGGUAUUGAUAGGGGAAUAUUCAUGGAUGAACAUCUUUCCAUAUUAGUGCACCAAGCUCUGGAGCUCCCACUUCAUUGGAGUGUUCUGAGGCGAAAUACAAGAUGGUUCAUAAAUGCCUACGAAAUCAAGCCAAAUAUGAAUCUAAUUGUGCUUGAACUUGCCAAAUUAGACUUCAACAUUGUUCAAGCAACUCACCAAGGGGAACUGAAACAACUAUCCAGGUGGUGGGAGCAAAAACGCCUAUCCCAAAAGAUGCCAUUUGCAAGGGAUAGGCUGUGGGCAGAUUUAUGUCGAACAUACUUACAAGAGGCGACAUGGCACUCCAUGGGAUACAAACCAAAACUCCAAGAAUAUAUCAACAAUGCAUGGAUUUCAAUAUCAGCUCCUGUCAUACUAACCCAUGCCUACUUUUUUGUGACGUAUCCUAUAGACAAUCAUGCUAUUAAAAGCUUAUACGAAUAUCACAACAUAAUUCGAUGCUCAUCCAUUAUUCUAAGGCUUGCGAAUGAUCUUGGCACAUCUCUUGAUGAGAUGAAAAGAGGUGAUGUGCCAAAGGCGAUUCAGUGUUACAUGAAUGAAAGUGGUGCAAGUGUGGACGAGUCACAAGACUAUGUUAGGUUUCUAAUACACGAGACGUGGAAAGAGAUGAACGAAGAACGAGAGCCGGCAAUUUGUGCAUUCCAAAAAGAAUUUGUGACGGCUGCAGUUGAGCUUGGGAGAAUGGCACAAUAUGUGUACCAGUAUGGAGACAGCCAUGGCAUGCACUUCCCUCAAAUGAAAGAGAGUAUUAUGAGUUCGUUGUUCGAGCCUGCGAAGUUGUAA